AGCGUUUCAAGCAACACAUACAACAAACAACAAGCCUAGUUUUUCCCAAAAACUAACAAACUACAUAUAUAAAAAUGUGCCAACAAGUCAUUGUCGCCGCCACCAACAACUCAACCACCAACAAAAUGAAGACCAGCUACAGUAUCAAGCAGGUCUUGAAGACUCUGUUCAAGAAGCAGCAAAAGCAACAACAACAGCAGCAGCAAUUCCAACGUCAACACUCUUUGGAAUCUCUGGAAUCGGUGGAAAAUCUACGCAACGCUCAAGUCGAAGAGGCCUACUAUGCCGAAAUCGAUGAGAAUGCCGCCAAUGAGAAAAUUGCCCAGUAUGAAUUGGAAAAUCACAUUGAACAGGAUGAGGAUGAGGAUGUCUAUGUCCCAGUACGUUUCGCACGCACUCAGGCUGGUACUUUCUUCUGGACCACCAAUCUGCAGCCAGUUGCCAGCAUUGAGCCAGCCCAUUGCUACUCCAUGCAAUAUCAAGAUCGUUGGGCUCAGGCUUAAAUAACAUCAUCUCGACCUGAUCAUCCAUUUAAUAAUCUUCAAGCUUUAAUCAUUGUGAUACCAGCAGCGGCCUUCCAGCUAAAACAAACAAACAAAAAAUCUCAGCGAUCCAGCGCUUCCAAUUAGUACUUAAGAUAUUUGUGAUAGAAAAUGAGAGCUUUAACAAAAAACUAAAACU